UUUUGUUUCUGUACCUUAGGAUAGCACUAUAAUAAUCAGCAAACUGAGGACGAGUGUAAAUGUUGGAAGAGAAGUCUAAGAAGAGAAGAUAUAGGGGAAUGCUGUCAAUAUAAAUUUUGGUAUCAACAUGGAGAAAUGUGUUUUUGGACUCAAGAUCCUAAAGUGAAAAGGAAACCACUUGGUAUACAGCCAGCUCUAAGCUCUGCUUGUGGUACUCCCCUGGUGGGUCAUUCAUCACUAAGUGUGCCCAUCAGAGCUGUCAUUGCCCUCAAAUUAUAUGAGUAUCAAGGGCCUAAAAAGCAGCUGUCUAAUAGUAAUGAACAUGGGAAAACCUGCACUGAUUUCUGGUCCCUUCAGAAGAACGCAAGAACAAAUCCUGCAGAGAAACACUGUGAAUAUGAGCAGUGUAGAAAAUCUAACUCUGAUUGUACUGGGGAAGCUCAUAUUGGAGAGCAGGCCUUUGCAUGUAAGCAACAUGCUGAAGCCUUUGAUACACACAGUGAGAAAAAUCACAGGGGCGUAUAUAUGUCUUCAUGCAUACAAAGAGGAAAAGCUUUUAAUUUUUACCACAAUGUUCAAACACAUGAAAGAGCUUAUAUGUCAGAAAACCCCUAUGUAUGUGAGCACUGUGGGAAAGCCUUCACUAAUAAGUCUUCCUUUUGUAGACAUGAAAGAAGUCACAAAGAAGGGAAAAUGUAUGUAUGUAAGCAAUGUGGGAAGACGUUCCUUCGUUAUUGUUCCUUAUUCAGACAUAGAGAAGCUCACAUUGGGCAGAAACCCAGUAUGUAUAAGCAGUGUGGGAAAGCAUUCAGUGGUAGUGGUUCUCUUCAUAGACAUAAAAUAAGUCACACUGGAGAGAAAUGUCAUGUAUAUAAGCAAUGUGGUAAAGCUUUUAACAGACAUAGUAGUUGUCAAGCACAUGAACGAAUUCGCACUGGUGAGAAGCCCUACACAUGUAAAAAGUGUGGGAAAGCUUUCCCUCAUCAUAAAAGUUGUCAAGCACAUGAGCAGAUUCAUGCUGGAGAGAAGCCCUACACAUGUAAACAGUGUGGGAAAGCUUUCACUCAUCACAGUAGUUAUCAAGCACAUGAACGAAUUCACACUGGUGAGAAGCCCUACACAUGUAAACAGUGUGGAAAAGCUUUUGCUAAUAGUGGUUCACUUCGUAGACAUAAGAUAAGUCACACUGGAGAAAAACCUCAUGUAUGUAAGCAAUGUGGUAAAGCUUUUAACAGACAUAGUAGUUGUCAAUUUGUCAAGCGCAGAAACACAGGCCUCCGCCUGGCCGUGAGCCUCACCGUGGAGAGCACGGGCUUCUGCCCAGCUGUGAGCCUCAUUGCAGAGAGCACGGGCCUCCGCGCGGCCGUGAGCCUCACCGCGGAGAGCACCGGCCUCCGCGCGGCCGUGAGCCUCAUCGCGGAGAGCACGGGCCUCUGCCCGGCCAGCACGGGCCUCUGCCCGGCCGUGAGCCUCAUCGCGGAGAGCACGGGCCUCCGCCCAACUGUGAGCCUCAUCGCGGAGAGCACGGGCCUCCGCCCAACUGUGAGCCUCAUCGCGGAGAGCGCGGACCUCUGCCUGGCCGUGAGCCUCACCACGGAGAGCACGGGCCUCUGCCCAGCCGUGAGCCUCACCGUGGAGAGCACGGGCCUCUGCCCAGCCAUGAGCCUCACCGCGGAAAGCAUGGAUCUCUGCCCGGCCGUGAACCUCACUGCAGAGUGCACGGGCUUCUGCCCAGCCGUGAGCCUCACCACGGAGAGCACGGGCAGCACAGGCCCCCCGCCCGGCUGUAAGCCUCACUGCAGAGUGCAUGGGCCUCUGCCCGACCGUGAGCCUCAUUGCAGAGAGCACAGGCAGCACAAGCCUCCGCGCGGCCGUGAGCCUCACCACGGAGAGCACAGGCCUCUGCCCAGCCGUGAGCCUCACCACGGAGAGCACAGGCCUCCGCCCGGCCGUGAGCCUCGUUGCAGAGAGCACGAGCCUCUGCCAGGCCGUGAGCCUCCCCACGGAGAGCAUGGGUCUCUGUCCAGCCAUGAGCCUCAUUGCAUUGCUGUGUUCAGAAGAGCUGCACAUGAUCACUCUCGUUGCGUGUCCCAGAAGGAGAUCAGGAUGCCAGAAUGGCAAAAAGUUUAA